GGGAUUUAGGAACUGGGAAGAUUGUCCAGUCUGCUGUUUUAAAACAAAAUGGGGCUGCAGCUGCUGAAAGAAAUGAUCGGUAAAGAAUGUGACUCCAAGGCAGUGUAUUUAUAGCUCUCUCUCUUUUUUUUUACUUUUUCUAUUUUUUCCAAAUUGGCCUGCAGUUGAAUUUGCCUGGACUGCGGACUAUGAAAGCAACAUUUAAUGCCACUGGAAAUCUCAGCACUCGCCAACCUAAUGCCGCAGUAAUAACUGUGAUUACCUCCAAGUCUGAUUACCAACUUGCAACAGCAGCGAAAGAGUCAAAGAUGCCUUUAAAUGCAUGAGUCAGUGGGCGUGUUUUCAUCCAGAUAACGGGACUCCGUGACGAGCAGAACUUGUCGUCGGACACUUCUCUUGGAUCUGUACUUAUGAGGUAAAACUGAGGCAAUUCUGCAACAAAAUAAGUGUCUCUAUCGUAAGAUGCGACACGGACAGACGGCGAACAAACGUCUAAGGCUACUUUGUAUCAAACGAUUAAUUAUCGGAGCCGAUGCUGGACAUGGAGCAUUAGAGUAAACAUCCGAACACACUUAAUACUUAACAUUUUGAUCCAGCGGAAACACAUCUCUUGUCUUCAGAAAAUAUAAUCAUGCAGAACGAGAAGUCGGAACCAAGUGAACCCAAAGGUGCUGUGUGUCCGAGCACAGGCGACACCGAGGGGAGAGCGCUGAUCCCAGCUGAGACAGGGGCUCCAAAAACCAAGGGGAUAAGUGCUGUGGCCGUGCUCUGGACCUUCGGGAAAUGUCUGGGAGCCUUACUGCCCGUCUACCUGGCCGGCUACUACCGGGUCAGUACCAGUCUGCUGGUAUUCGGAAUGAUGGUCUACACAGGAUGGAAACAUGCCCGAGAAGCCAAAGAAGCACGCCUGAAGUCAGCCUUUCAGCUUCUCAGCAACGAGGAGGAGUACACAUCCUCCAAAGUGUCCAAAAUCAAACGAGAUCUCCCUGCAUGGGUCAACUUUCCAGAUGUUGAGAAGGUUGAGUGGCUAAAUAAGGUGCUGCAGCAGGUGUGGCCAUUUGUUGGCCAAUACCUGGAGAAGCUGCUUGUGGAAACCAUUGCCCCAUCUAUCCGAACCUCAAGCACUCACCUCCAGACGCUCAGUUUCACAAAAGUGGACAUGGGAGACAAGGCAAUGAAGGUUGUGGGGAUCAAGGCACACACAGAGAAUGAUAAAGGACAAGUACUGCUAGAUUUGUAUAUAAGCUAUGUUGGAAAUGUCGAGAUAAACGUUGAGGUGAAGAGGUACUUCUGCAAAGCUGGAGUAAAAGGAAUACAGCUACAUGGGAUGAUGCGUGUGAUCCUGGAGCCUCUGAUUGGAGAUGUACCCAUAGUGGGUGCAGUCACCAUGUUUUUCAUCCGUCGGCCUAAACUAGACAUCAACUGGACUGGACUGACUAACUUGUUGGACAUCCCUGGACUGAAUAUUAUGUCUGACAGCAUGAUUAUGGAUGCUAUUGCAUCCUUCUUGGUAUUGCCAAACCGCCUGGUUGUCCCCCUGGUUCCUGGCCUGCAUGUGGCUCAACUUCGCUCCCCUUUGCCCAGGGGAGUGGUACGCAUCCACUUACUGGAGGCACAGAAGCUAGCAGCCAAGGACAACUAUGUGAAAGGGAUGAUGGCUGGCUUGUCUGACCCCUAUGCCAUAUUGAGGGUUGGCCCUCAGACCUUCACCUCCAAACACAUUGACAACACAGACUCUCCAAAGUGGGAAGAGAUGUAUGAGGUCAUUGUCCAUGAAGUGCCUGGUCAAGAGUUGGAGGUGGAGGUAUAUGACAAAGACCCAGACCAGGAUGAUUUCCUGGGCAGGACCAAAUUGGAUUUGGGCAUUGUGAAGAAAUCUGUAGUUGUGGAUGAUUGGUUCACCUUGAAAGACACCACAUCAGGACGGGUUCAUUUCAGACUGGAGUGGUUGACUUUACUGCCAAACACGGAUCGACUUGAGCAGAUCCUGAAGAGGAAUGAAAGUAUAAGCAGCAAGACCGGUGAUCCACCAUCUUCAGCCAUCUUGGUUGUAUACCUAGACAAGGCUGAGGCACUUCCUAUGAAAAAGGGAAAUAAAGACCCCAAUCCCAUGGUUCAGUUGUCUGUGCAGGACAUUACUAGAGAGAGCAAGACAUGUUGGACAACCAUUAAUCCAGAGUGGGAAGAAGCCUUCACCUUCUUCAUCCAGAAUCCUCAGAAGCAGGACAUUGAUAUUCAGGUGAAGGACGCUGACCGUGUGCAGACAUUGGGCAGCCUGACCAUCCCUGUGUCCCGUCUGCUGUCCAAUUCCAAUCUCUCUCUGGACCAGUGGUUCCAGCUGGACAACUCUGGGUCAGCCAGUCGCAUCUACAUCAAUACAGUUCUCAGGGUCCUGUGGUUAGAUGAGGAAAGUAUUCCAUCUGAUGUGUCAACUAAUCUUGAGUCUGGAUUGAACAAACAGCUGCCCCAGCAGACGUCUCCUCAUCCUAGCUUUGCAACAGAGGGACUGCUUAGAAUUCACCUGUUGGAAGGGCAGAAUCUUGUUCCAAAAGAUAACAUGAUGGGGGGUAUGGUGAAAGGCAAGAGUGACCCUUAUGUCAAGAUCAACAUUGGGGGUGAAACAUUCACAAGUCAGGUUAUCAAGAGUAACCUUAACCCCACGUGGAACGAGAUGUAUGAGGUGAUUCUUACCAAGCUGCCUGGCCAGGAGCUGCAUGUGGAGAUGUUUGAUAAAGACAUGGACAUGAAGGAUGAUUUCAUGGGCAGGCUGAAGAUCAAUCUGAAGGACAUCAUUGAUUCUCAGUACACUGAUCAGUGGUACACUCUCAGCGAUGUGAAGUCAGGGCGAGUUCACCUGGUGCUGGAAUGGGUUCCAACAUCAUCAGAAUCCGAUGGGGUGGAGCAGGUUCUUCAGUUCUAUUCAAGGAAGUCCUUUCAAAACAAGGCCGUUCCUUCCGCAGGCCUACUGUUUGUCUUCAUUGAGCAAGCAGACAGCUUACCAGUUAAAAAGAGUGGCAAAGAGCCAAAGGUUGGAGCUGAGAUCACUCUUGGAGAUUUGUCUCGUAAAACUACUGUGUGUGAUCGCACCACAUCACCCCAGUGGAAUGAGGCUUUCUGCUUCAUGGUUCAAGACCCCAGAAAAGAUAUGCUUGUACUUAAGCUCUCCCACAGCUGGACCUUGCCAAUUGGUUCCCUGGUGGUUCCCAUCAGAGAGCUGCUCUCUGAAGAAGAGCUGGUCCUGGACCAGUGGUUCCAUCUGGAUGGAGCCUCCCCUGAGAGUCAGGUUCUUCUGAGAGCUGAGCUCAAAAUGCUCAUUCCAAGCAAAUGCCCAAUUGCCACUGAUAAGCCUAAGGUUGUCUCAGCCGCAGACCCUCCUCCUGCUCCACAAAAACAGGAAACAGACACAGUGCUAAGGUCAAGUUCAGUGGACGCUCCUCCUGUUGAGACUUUAGUGCCCACACAUGAAGACGUGGAUGUCAAAGAAACAGCAGCUGAUGUAAUUGAGGAAGAGGUCGAAGAAUCGCCAAGCCCUGCUGUAGCACAACCUCCUCACACUUCUCCAGACCUUAGCUUUGCAAGCGAGGGGCUGCUGAGAAUCAUCGUGUUGGAGGCCCAGAGUCUGGUUGCCAAAGACAGCAUGAUGGGCGGGAUGGUGAAGGGAAAGAGUGACCCCUACGUAAAGAUGAAUGUUGGAGAGUUUGUGUUCAAGAGUAAUGUGAUCAAGGAAAAUCUCAACCCAGUGUGGAAUGAGAUGUAUGAGGUGGUCCUGAGGCCUCAGUCAGGACAGGAGGUAAAGGUAGAGCUGUUUGACAAAGACAUGGACAAAGACGACUUCCUGGGCAGACUCAAAAUCAGUGUGGCAGACAUCAUCCGUUCCCAAUACACAGACCAGUGGUACACCCUGAAUGACGUGAAGUCUGGACGCAUUCGCCUGAUAUUGGAGUGGGUACCAGCAGUAUCCCACAACACCACCCUAGACCAAGUGAUGCAUUUGAAAUCGCUGCAGUCCUUCCAGAACAAGGCCAUUUCCUCUGCUGCGCUGCUCUUUGUUUAUGUGGACAGAGCACACUCAUUGCCUUUUAAGAAAAGUGGAAAGGAGCCCAAGGCUGGGGCAGAACUUGUUCUUGGUAACACAACCUAUAAAACCAAGGUGUGUGAUCGCUCCAGAUCCCCUCAGUGGAGCGAAGCCUUUUACUUUUCAGUUCGUGACCCCAGAGAGGAGAUGCUCAUAGUAAAGUUAUCGAGUGCAUGGGACCAGCCAAUGGGAUCUCUUGUAGUGCCUGUUAGAGAGCUGCUCUCUGAGCCACAGCUGGUCCUGGACCGGUGGAUGCCUCUGGAUGGAGCUUUAGCUGAAAGUGAGAUCCUUCUGAGGGCUGAACUGAAGAUCCUGAGCUCACGGAUGACUGAAGCUCCACAACCCUCUGUGACUGCUUCAAAGAAAGAGGAGAUACUUGUUUCCACUGAACAAAUAUCCAAAGCAGCCAGUGAGGAGAAAAAAAGCUCAGAGCUGCCAGCAGACGAAUUUGUUGCUGCAUCCACCCAGUUUAAACACUCUGAAGCAGUAGCAGAAGCUGAAGAUGCAAUUCCUGCUGAACCAGCUGCCAUUCACUCUGCACCUGAUACAUUUCCUGAUACCACACAGGUUGAAGAACUAACAGAUACAGAGGAACCAGCCACACAGUCAGAUGCAACCAUUAAAGGAAAUCAAGAGCCACAGAAACCACAAACAGAAGGAACUGGUUUGGGCAGCCUUGCAGGGGCAACAGUGACCGGUCUUCCUGCAGACACGCUGGGCCCAGCAGAGGUCCCAGAGAUCCCCGAAGUUGGUGAAGUUCUUCCACCGCACGCCAACCCCAGCCAGGACUUUGCAAAAGAGGGGCUGCUAAGGAUUCACCUACUGGAAGCCCAGAAUCUGGUUGCAAAGGACAAUCUUAUGGGGGGCAUGGUGAAAGGCAAGAGUGACCCAUAUGUGAAGAUAAAUGUUGGGGACUUUGCUUUCAAGAGUCUUGUUAUCAAAGAGAAUCUCAAUCCAAAAUGGAAUGAGAUGUAUGAGGCAGUUUUGAAGGGAAGCGGCAUCCAGGAGAUAAAGUUUGAGGCAUUCGAUAAAGACUUCGAUUCUGAUGACUUCCUUGGCAGGUUCAGUAUCAAACUCAACGAGGUCAUCAGAUCCCAGUACACAGAUCAGUGGUACACCCUGAAUGAUGUGAAAUCAGGGCGGGUUCACUUGAUACUGGAAUGGGUUCCUGCUGUGGCAAAAUCAGACAAACUUGACCAGGUGCUGCAGCUUCAAUCUCUCCAGUCUUAUCAGAACAAAGCUGUUCCCACUGCAGCUUUACUCUUUGUCCAUGUGGAGAGGGCACAUUCACUACCUUUGAAGAAGAGUGGAAAAGAACCUAAGGCAGGAGCUGAGCUUGUUCUUGGUGAAACAAGCUACAAAACAAAUUUGUGCGACCGCUCUACCAGCCCUGAGUGGAAUGAGUCUUUCCUCUUCCUGGUUCAUGACCCUAAACAUCAGAUGCUUGUAGUUAAGUUGUCCAGUGGUUGGGACCAGCCGAUGGGAUCUCUGGUGGUUGCUGCCAAAGAGCUUCUUGCUGAGCCACAGCUGGUCCUGGAUCAGUGGUUCUACCUGGAUGGAGCCUCACCUGAGAGUCAGAUCCUGCUGAGGGCUGAACUCAAGAUUUUAGAAUCCAAAAUGGUGGAUCUGAUCAGUGCAGGGACUCUGCCCUGUGCUGCCUCUGGUAGCGGAUCUGGAAACGGGCAGGUGAAGUUGUCUCUUUCAUACGUCUCGCAGGAGAGAAAGCUCAGUGUCAUCGUUCAUUCCUGCAGAGGUCUGAUGGCUCAAAACAAGGACGGGGUUGACAGCUAUGUCUCCCUCAUGUUACUGCCAGACAAAAGCAAGGCCACCAAGAGAAAGACAGCAGUGAAGAAAAGAGACCUCAACCCAGAUUUUAAUGAGAGGUUUGAGUAUGAUCUCCCUGUGGACGAGAUAAAAUUCAGACGACUCAGUGUAUCAGUGAAGAAUAACUCGGCCUCAUUCAGGAGCCGGGACAUUAUUGGACAGGUACAGAUCCAGAUGGCGGAGAUGGACCUGGCUUCUGGUGUCACAGAAUGGUUCACUCUCAAAGAUGAAGAUGAAUAGUGAUUUUGCUUGCAGCUGUUGUUGUAAUGUGUUGAUGAUGAUUUCAUCAGUCUAUAUGGUAAUGUGCCACUGCUGCAGCUCACACAGAUGCCUUCCCACCUCUGCAUAUACUCCCACUGAGGCUGCCUUACCUGCAUCCACCCAGGUCUGUGUGCAUUAGCACACAGUAUACUGCAGAAUUGGCUGCAGUGCAUUUUCACAUACAUCAAUACUUUCACCAAAGAAAUGUUUGCUGAGGGAGCUAAGAAAUGUUAGGAUUAACUAAAAAUUGAAUCAACUAAAGGUCACUUUAUGGUAAUGGUUAAACAGGCCUGCAAAAAGUGAAGGAAUAAGUGUUGCUUUGUUGGCUGUUUCUUUGCUGUCCUUAAACUCAGCUUAACUUGUUUGAAGUGUCGUCACAUUUGUUGUGUUUUUUUAUGAAUUUCUCAUUUAAACAAAUGCCAUUUCAGUAUUUUUGAUCUUUUUAUUUACAGGCUUUACAUUGCAGUUAUUUGAUGUUUCACUUUGCUAUGUUUGUAUUUGAAAUUCCUUAUAAAGGACAUUUUUAUAUUUCUUUUCUACCAAAUCUGCAUUUGUUGCCCUGAUGUAACAGAUUGUUUUAUGAUUGUUUAUUUUUAUGUAUAUUUGCAGAGAUUAUGGAUAAAAUCCGAAGCUGUUUGUUGGAAGAUGAUAACAAAAAUAAACAGAUUUUGCACAGCG